UCUGCGGUCGGUCGCCUCUUUCCAAGCCUCGUUCACAUUGCCUUGAAGAUGAAGUUAAAUACGAGCCGCAGUCAGGUGCAAGCCGCAUCCGAUGGAGCCCUGCCUUUUAUCUCGUUCAUCGACCAACCCGAUGCAUCACUUCCUUAUGUUGCGGUCCCAGCUGACAGAUUCUGAUAUGGACUAUGAGAGGCCAAACGUUGAAACUAUCAAGUGUGUGGUUGUGGGAGACAAUGCAGUCGGAAAGACCCGCCUUAUCUGCGCUCGGGCCUGCAAUGCCACACUGACUCAGUACCAGUUACUUGCUACACAUGUGCCCACUGUCUGGGCAAUUGACCAGUACCGAGUAUGCCAGGAGGUAUUAGAACGCUCCAGAGAUGUGGUGGAUGAUGUCAGUGUGUCCCUUCGUCUCUGGGAUACUUUUGGAGACCAUCAUAAGGACCGGCGUUUUGCAUACGGCAGGUCUGAUGUGGUGGUACUGUGCUUCUCGAUCGCCAACCCAAACUCUCUAUACCAUGUGAAGACCAUGUGGUACCCUGAGAUCAAGCACUUCUGCCCCCGUGCUCCUGUCAUCUUGGUGGGCUGUCAGCUGGACCUGCGCUAUGCAGACCUGGAGGCAGUGAACAGGGCACGGAGGCCUUUAGCUAGACCCAUUAAAUCCAAUGAGAUUCUUCCUCCAGAGAGAGGACGGGAGGUGGCCAAAGAGUUGGGAGUGCCAUAUUAUGAAACCAGUGUUGUUGCUCAAUUUGGAGUCAAGGACGUCUUUGAUAAUGCUAUCCGAGCUGCGCUCAUCUCACGCCGACACCUGCAGUUUUGGAAAUCUCACCUCAGAAAUGUCCAGCGGCCUCUCCUUCAGGCACCCUUCCUGCCACCAAAACCUCCCCCACCUAUAAUCACUGUGCCUCCUCCCCCAACCACCACAGAGGAGCAUCCAGUCGGUCUUCUGGAGGACCCACACUGUGCUGACGUCAUCCUGAUCCUGCAGGAGCGACAGAAAAUCUUUGCACACAAGAUAUACUUGUCAACAUCCUCUUCAAAGUUCUAUGACCUCUUUAUUAUGGACACGCAUCAUGAGGAGACUGAAAGGCCCACUCGUGGUCCUCUCUCCGGCAGAGAGCUGCUGAUGCGUGCUGCUAGCUUUGAUGUUUGCGAAAGCAGCGACGAUGGAGACAGGGCCAACCUGAGGGCCUGCACUAGUGAUGGGACCUUGAAAGACUCUGACGCGGGCCGACGGAGCAGACUCCUCUCUUCGUGGAGCCGAGCCUUCGUCAGCAUCCAGGAGGAGGUGGUAGAUGACCCUGUCACAUACAGCCCCAGGCCCAUGACUGUAGUUCACAUGGACCAGUCCAUGCAGCUCGGUCCUUUCCGAGCUGUGCUUCGCUACCUGUACACGGGUCAGCUAGACGAGAAUGAGAAAGAGCUAAUGCACAUUGCACACAUUGCUGAGCUGCUGGAGGUCUUUGACCUGCGGAUGAUGGUGGCCAACAUACUUAACAAUGAAGCCUUCAUGAACCAAGAAAUCACUAAAGCCUUCCAUGUACGGCGCACAAACAGAGUCAAAGAGUGCUUGGCCAAAGGCACUUUUUCUGAUGUAAUAUUCAAACUAGAUGAUGGGACCAUCAUGGCCCACAAGCCUUUACUCAUCUCUAGUUGUGAUUGGAUGGCAGCUAUGUUUGGUGGGCCUUUUGUGGAGAGCUGCACCAAAGAGGUGCUGUUUCCAAACACAACUCGCAGCUGUAUGAGGGCUGUGCUAGAAUAUCUCUAUACGGGGCGGUUUUGUUCUCGGACUGACCUGGAUGCAAUGGAGCUUAUUGUUCUUGCCAAUCGUCUUUGCCUCCCCCACCUAGUUGCACUUACAGAGCUCUACACAGUAACAGUAUUGACGGAGGCAGCGAUGAUGGGGGCUGACAUUGAUGGAGAUGUGCUGGUGUACUUGGAUAUGGCCCAGUUCCACGGCGCCCAACAGCUCACUGGCUGGUGUCUUCACCACAUCUGCACCAACUACAACAGUGUCUGCCGCAAGUUUCCCCGAGAGAUGAAGGCCAAGUCUACAGAGAACCAAGAAUACUUUGAGAAAAAUCGCUGGCCACCAGUGUGGUAUCUGAAGGAGGACGACCACUACCAAAGAGCACGCAAAGAGCGCGACAAGGAGGACUACUUGUACCAGAGACGGCAAUGUAAACGCAGGUGGCUCUUCUGGAACAUUCCUUCCUCCCCUAACUCAAACUCUCCUUCUUCUGGCUCCUCCGCUGUCAUCUGACCAAGUGGUAAGGCCACGUCCACUCUGAAGUACUUCAGUGUGGAUGCAAGUUGUAAAAGAUACAAUAGAAGAUACGCACUGCUGGCUAGGUACGCCCCAAUUAUUCAGGCACACGGUCUCUCCUCCUGUUUGUCUGCCUCUGCAGUCAAACUGCACUCCUCCAGAUCUGCAAGGUCAGCUCAAUCUGGCGGUUAAAGUAAUGAGUUUUGUUCCUUAGAUUUUUAGACUCAAACCUCAGUGGUAUGAACCUCACUGACAAAUGGCACAGUGUAACUGGCGCAAAUAACAACUUAUAUCGAUUGUUGUAUGUUCCACCACCUGAACUUUAAGUUUUAAAAAUAGGACUCUGCUGGCACAGAACUUUCCACCUAUGAUCAUAAUUAUCACCAAUAACCUGAACGGAUAACUAAGUGCUGCUUAUCAGCUGCAACAACCAGCAAAUCAACACUUCUCAGUCUCAGAUAUAUAACACUUUGCCCUUAAGUGUUUGUACAAUCUACCAAACUACGUGUACAGUAUGAUCUCGUCAACAGGAUGUAACGAUAGUAUGGUCUGCCAGGAAUCACUUAUUGAAGUCAUUCACUCUAGCCAUGCUGAUUAUGAUCGUGUAAGCAUAAAGGAAAAAAUACUGUCAAGUUCCACUCCUGUUUAUUUGUGUACAGUCUAAUAUUGAUUAUUUGUGCACGGCUUGCACAGCUAAAAGUGAGUCGAGUCUGGACGCACUCAGCAUUAACGUAUUGUGAUCUUGUGAUUUGUGGCCUCUUGUCAAACAAAGGGACUUUAGUUUACAUGAAUGCAUCCAGUGUCCUGAGACACAAGAGAUCCCAAAUCAAGGAAAAUGUCAUUUCUGUAAAAUUCCAGUAAAAACAAACCAGAUCACUUUUUAUUUCCUAUGUGUUGCUCGAUGAGGCUUGUUAGCACACAUGUUUCCUGAGUUCCUCCGUUUUACAUUGAAUGAUUUCAUCAGCUUGAUCACUUUCAUCCUGGAAAGCAACACAUAAUGCAUCUCAGAGCCAACAGCAGCAUGUCCAGUGCUGAAGCCACCACAUGUUCAUCAUGUACACACACCAUCCUCUGUGAUGGUGUGUCUGACGUGUCUGUCAACUGCUGGAGAUUUGGCUUUUGGAGAUGUAUCAUAGCGGAUCCGAGGAUGCCCCCUGACUGGCUGUGUAAGACUUAUACAUGCAGGAGGCUUCCUCAUGCCUGGGUGAAGUCAUCCAUACUCUUCUACACACCUCAAGCACUUUUUGGACUCUUCUCCACAGAGACACACACAAUAACCUUCAGUAGCAGCAUCCUGGUGAACGGCACCGAAAGACAGUAUGGUGUCAUGACACACUGCAGGCAAAUUUUAAAAAAAGGAACUGGGGAGGAUACAAAACCAUGAUAUUUAAAAUGUUUCAAAAGAAGGUUGUGAAGAUGUUUAGCUCAAAUCAAUUCAUCUUGAUUUGCUUUGUAUAUGAGUGAGUCAUCUACGGUUGAUUGUACUUGAUUGUGGGAUGAACUGCAGCGUUGUUUGGAUUUGUAAGCAUAGUGCUCAGUGAAGAUUGAAAGUAUUGUAAAUUGUACAAAAUAUCAGACAAACGGCAAGUAACUUGCAUCAAUCUAAUGUGCUGUUAUCUAAUUGUGCACUGCAGGCAGUGAGCAGAAUAGUAGAGUAUUACUGAGUAAUACAUACACUGAAUAUAGACUUGACUUGCAUUUAGUUACUGUGCAGCUACAAACUGUUGUUGAAAAUACUCAUUGUGCUGACCUCCAGAUACAUCUGUUAUAUACCGCAGUAGUAAGCAAAUGACGGGCAGUUCGAAUGAGCAGUUGACUAAUAGUAAACUAGGAUUACAGUGCAAAGUAAAGUAGUCAAAUGUUUAUAUAAAUGACAUUAUAAAGACUUAGGGCACAUCCAUAAACAUACCGUUAUUAUACAAAAAAAGAGUCAAAUCUGAUGGCAGCACAUGUUAAAGAAAGGCUAACUUUAAUCCUGCAUAUGAUUGGUUAAGACUUUUCCAUACCGUUUUUGACCAGACAGAUAUUUAGAGCCCAACAAAGAGUUUAAAAUGAUUCAGUGGUAUGAAUCAAUUCAGUGAUAAAAUCAAUUUCUUGCUUGUUUUAACUCUUGACCUAAUAACUACACUGCAUGAUCAGGCUCGCCAAAAUAAAAGAAGUUUAUUCAUUGUCAUUUAAAGGGUAAGAUAUAGAUAUACAGUAGUGGUGCUGGUGCUCCAAGCAGUAGCUUUAAAUUGUUCUCAAUUACAUGAACCGUUGUCUACUGCAAAGUAAACACAAAGAGCUGUCAUUUUAAAUAUCUUAAUGGAUCAAAUCUUUUGACACACGUGGUCAGACAUAAGCUACACGGUGAGCUUCUUUGAGAGCCAUCUUUAUCUUAACUCUGAAUGUUUUAAUUUGUCUAGUUUCACACAAAAUACAGGUUAUUACAUUAGUUUAACAGCAGAAGGGUCUAUAUUGUUAUAAUUUGCCUUGGUGUGAUCGAUACAUUUCAUAGACAUGCAUUUCAUUCCUCAGUGCAUUGCAUUUCUCAAUGAGUCUUCUGCUGAUGCUUUGCAUCAACAACACCUCAUGCCUUAAUGUACAGUGUAGUGUAUGGUAUCGAAUGUAAAGUAGUGUUACUGUGGUUAUUAGUUUGUUUGCUCUGUGUUCAGUUACCAUGGUGCUCUCUAGGUUGUGUGUGUAUCUGUAAAUGUACCUAAUCCAUACUUUGGAUGUAAAGGAAUCGAUAUAUAAUCAAUUCGAUGAGUGUGCUUUACUUUGAACACUGCAAAGGAAUUAUGUCCUUUUUAAAGCCGUAAACACAAAACUAAUUAAAGACUCUGACUAUCAAGGCCACACUAGACACUAGACAUGAUGACAAACCAUCAAUUUGUGACAUUAACCAUGAAAUGAAUGCAGGGAUUUCCAAUCUGUUCCAUUAUUUUAAAGUUGCUUUAUUCUAUUGAUCUCCAACUUUGGAGUCUGCAUAAUUACAAAAUGCCGAGACAGGGUGGCCAUUGGAAGUUAGAUUGUAACUCAAACAUGUAAAUAGAAAUUGUGCGAUGACUUGCAAUUCAAACUUGGCAUAGCAAUUGAUACAAGCUAUUGCAUAGUUUAACAUAUGUUUUUGUACUAUGCAUACUGAAAUGUCUGACUAUGAAAUUACAAACUUGCACUGCUUUGUAGCACCAGGUUCUAUUAAAAUUGCAUUAGAUGGUAGAGCAACAUCAUUAUUAGAUAUGUAGACAACAUCAGGUUAAAAAAAAACAUUAGAUCAUAAAUUACAAAGAAGUUGUCACUGGGGCCCUUUUACAUAUGUUUGGGUGCUAAUUUCACCGCUGCAGAGAAGCACAAACCAAAGGGAGCUUUAGCAGCACCAGGAAUAUAUUAUAUAUGCUGCACAAUCACUACUGCAUAGUUUAAGAGGCCUUGUUCAGAAAUGGUUGAAAAUUCAAUUUAAAGAAAAAACUAAUCAAAAGAAAAAAACUUGAAUGUUUUCUCAGUGUUCAAAGCCUGGAUGACAUUUUCCUUAGUCAUCAGGUAUUUUUGUUCUCAAGAGCUGUUUUUAUUGUUUAGGAGCUGUAGAUCUGAUAUUCUGUAGCAUGUGUUCUUGAAAAUGUGUAAAUAAUAUUUACUAAAUAAAAAAAAGAGCAAUGUG